CGGCUAGAUUCGGUACAUCCUCGGGCAUGCGGCAUCACACGUUUCAUUGGCAACAAUCCUGAAAAUCAUCGUUUGCUGACCUUCCUUGGCUACGUCCCCAACCACAUGGCAAGGUUAAGCUUGGAACUUUGGAAGAUCCUCCAGUUCCUCUUGCUUGCUUCCAAUCACGCCAGACAUAAAACCCCAAAACGGCAUUCUGAGGACGGCAAUGAAGUCUCAAGCGGUUUAGUUACAGUCAGUGACUGUGGGGUAGGGCUGUUGGACUCCCAAGAAAGGUUGCCCAGCCGUCGAUCCAUCAGACCUGUCUACCACCGAGGUGCAUCACCAAUGCCAGGACAUGCGCACCACUCAGGACGAGAACCGGUCCCGAGGGUGACGUCGUCAUGGUCCAGUCCCACUGCUCCGUCCCCCGGAUUCAACUGUUCUCCACGAAUUCGCCGAGCCCGUCGAACCCGCGAGACUCCAAGCCGGCCAACGGCACCUCGCUCAUCGGGGAAAGAGGGUCACCAGUCCACAACUUCUCGGUGGUCUUCAGGCCCGAAGAAUGAGGGGCCCCGCGUUCUGCACAGUGGUUGAGCUGAGAGAACGAAUCUUGUCGUUCAUGGGAUCAACUGCUGACUCUCGAAGGACCCAACAACAUGAUUUCUGUGGAUAACGCCCACACGACGUUACUGGCUCUCGAGACGGAAAGUGCCGACGACCUGACAAAGAAAGAUGAGAGAGGUUUGUCAAAGACCCUGUUUACCCUUGCCCGUCCAUGUUACCUUGUCACGCUCGUCUCCUCGU